AUGCGACUCACCACAGUGCCUUUUUCACAGACCCUUUUUAAAGUUUCUCCACAAAAUCCAACAGCUCAGCUGCAGCCACUCAGACAAUCCUCUAGUGUUGUCUCCUCAGCCCUUGUACCUGCAGUUGAUGUUUCCUCUUCUCUGACCAUGUCAGAAAAUUUCCAACAUCCAUCUCUACUUGGAACUCUAAAUUCUCUGCAGCAUUCUCUUCCUGUGGUGAGCAAUGCAACUUCCCUAACACCAAGUGUCUGCAACUUCUCCAGAGUCUCUGCCCCUGCCGUCAGUUCGGCAUCGGCUACCGGUACCCCUUUCCAGACACUCAUGGGUAGUGCCUACCUUUACCAACAUUCUAGCACGACUAUGUUAUCUGGAGUUACUGACCACAGCCAGAUCUCCACUUCAGCUGCUUCCUAUCCAGGUGUUCUUGAGUGGGACAUCACAGGAAGCACUGAAAAGAAUUCUUCUUCACUCGGAGACUUUACUCUGGCACUCACGGACCGGCACACAGCUGCUUCCUCCAUGUUUAUGGCAGCCCAGUAUGAUAAAACUUCAGACGCCAAUAACAUGGUCCCUCUAUAUCCAUCGCUUUCUGCCAGCCUUGCUCAGGGAACACCAUCGCAGAUUCCAAAUCAGGGGCAUAGCCGCCUGUCACUUCCCUACCAGGAAGGAAGCCAGGUAUAUCACUAUAACCAAGGCACACGGGGGUCUUUACUGUAUGGAGAACUUGGCUCCUGCCCGCAAUCCUAUGGCUCUGCGUCAUACACAGGAAGUAGGGCCUCUGUGCAACCAGAAAUGGGAAUGGGACUGAAGGAGAUUCAGCCCACAAAUAUCCGACCACCAGCUUCCACCUCUGCAAUCUGCCACCCUGUGUCUGCUCAACGCAUCACAGAAACAAGUUUUCAAGUGCUCUCUGUUUUCAGACUCUAUAUAAGAACAACUAGGGCUUCCCUGGUGGCGCAGUGGUUAAGAAUCCGCGUGCCAAUGCAGGGGACACGGGUUCGAGCCCUAAGAGUUAGUAGAAAUGCCUUGCCCAUCUUGCCCCUGAACCCCUUGAAAGGUACACGACUGCUGUGUUGGUGUUUAGGGGGAGCAUCUCGCUUACCAGGGACUGACUUCUCCCUUGAUCCCUUUGUAGUGAUGGAGACUUCCCUGGUGAUGAAAAAUUCCCUGGGAUUGCAACCUCCAAGCCAGACGUUUUGUGUGACACAAACUCAAGAACUCCCCAAGUCCUGCAGUAGCAGAAACAGCCACAUACUUGAGAGUAACCCACCAUCUGAACUUGGGGACAUUUCAGUGACAGCUCCGGUCCAGAGUGCCAGGCGUCUCCUGGCCCUGCCUCCAGCUCCAAGCCAGGGACAAAUCGAGAGUAAGAACGUGGAUGAUAUCAAAACCAAGCUUUCAAAGCCUCUGGAUGCCUACCAGAUCCCAAUAGAAAACCAAGAUCCUCCACUACUCCCUUCAGGAAUCCCUGAUAUUCGCCAGCCGCUGGCCUGCACCGAUCCCCUCAGCCAAGAGGAGCAGCCUGGUUCUGAAAAUGCUGAUCUGGGAGAGAACAGCCGGAGUCGUCAGGACCUAGGGACACUUGAAAAUGGGACUGAACCUAGCAGUGGUCUUGCAGACAUUACUACACUGGCGGAGGGUAUUCACCUUCCCCAGCUCUUUAAUCCUUUGAAAGAUCUUGAUCAAUCCCAAGGUCCCAACGUGAUCAAAGCUAAAGACACCAGAGCCAUUAAGGUGAAUCAGGUGCAGGAAAAGCCAAGUGUCAUAAAGGUUCCCUCUGAUCAACCCAGGAAGAACAAACAGAAAGCCUCUGAGCCUAUCAGUGGUGCUCCCAAGGCCAAAAUCCAGCCAAAGAAUCCAGAGUGCCUGUUAGGGGGAGAAGUGGUUAUAUGCCAUGCUGCAGUCAGUGACAGGGCUCCUGUGAACACGGCCAAGCACUCUCAAGGCAAACCUCAGAAAGCUGCAUCCAGAAAGAUCAGCAAAACUAAGAGCCACGGGCAGGAAAAGACCAAAAGGACCAGAGGAAGAAACAAGGCUGAAGAGAACAAGCAGUCAGGGAACAAAGUCAAGGCAGAAGAGAAGCCAGCAAUCCCCAACACGAAGCGAAAGGAACACCAAACUGAGCUUCUCCAACAGAGCCUUCGAAAGCCUCGAACCUCCCUUGGCGUGCGCAUGCUGGAGUCUGUGAAGGUUCUUCAUGCGCUGGGGAAGAAGAAUGAGACGAAAACUGGGCUCUCUUCCUGUCGGCUCUUGGGAAAUUCAAGCAACCCCAAAGACCCCCAGCCACCCCCAGCUAUCCAGCCAUGGCGGCAUACCCCACGUGAGGGUAAGAGUCCUGAGAAAACGCAAGUCCAAGCCCAGAAACCAGACAGCAGUGCUGAAACAGAGUGUCCAGCUCCAUCCCAGUAUGAGCGGCCUCCUCCUGGGAAGGUCAAGUUGAUACCUCUGCCUUUUUCUGCCUGGGACAAGCCUCAAGCUCGACCCGCUCCUCGGAGGCCACAGUCUCUGGCCUCACGUCGGCCUGCUGGGGCUUACCGUGCCCAGCCCGGUUCUACUGACUCAGCUCAACCUGCUGCAGUCAAUUCAGCCCAGCCAGCUCCUGCCUCUUUGCCAGGUCCCGCCAAACCAGCUCAGCCAACUGGGACCAACCCAAGCCAACCGGCUUGGACCAACCAUACCCAGCCUCGUGUCCCUCAGUCUGCUGCUGCUCCUAGGCCUGCACCCUACAAAACUUCAUCGGGCGCUUCUCUCCAGCGGGAGCCUGUUCCCCCUGCUGUGAAUAAGCGCCAGUCCCCACCCAAGCUCCAAACCCAAUUUCUACUCCAAGACUUCAGCAAGCAACGAGUUCCGUGGAGGGAACCCAACGUGCCUGAGCCAGUCAUGUCAAAGCCCAUCGAACAAGAGCAGAGGCCAGAGCGAGAGGCCAUGAAGAGGCGGGCUCAGCAACAACGGGAGAAUGCUGCCAGAUACACCUCUUCGGGGAAGCUGCAAUUUUUCACCGAGAGGGAAAACGAAAUGGAAAUUGCUGACUACUACGGAUACGUCAAGUGA